AGAAGUCAUGAGGAAAGAUGCGUUACGUUUUCGAGGUUGUAUUCAUCAUGAUUCAUGGGUCAAUUUGAUUCCCUAUUCUUUAACUUUUUCUCACAAAACAAAAACAAGAAAACAAGAGGUUCCCAAUUCUAUUUCUAUAUUAUAGUCAUAGGCUACCUAUUGCAAAAACCAUUCUUGAUCAGCCAAAUUAAUAAAGCAAAAGCUCAAAGGAGAUGACCAAAUUCGAGGUGGUGUUCAUGACAAGCCCUGGGAUCGGGCACCUUGUUCCAGUUGUUGAGUUUGCACACCAUCUUAUCAAUCAUGACCCUCGAUUUUCUGCCACUAUACUCAUCGUAACCAUGCCUCAGAGACCCAUUCUCAACACCUACAUCCAAUCACGCGCUGCCACUUCAACCUCCACAAAUAUCAAAUUCAUCCACCUCCCUAUUGUAGACCCUCCCACACCUGAUCAGUACGAGUCUUCCUUUGGCUACUCAUGCUUACUCAUUGAAAAGCAUAGACCCCAUGUUAAGCAAGCGAUCACUAACCUCAUGGAAACCGAGUUGGACUCAGACCGACGACUCGUCGGGAUCAUCACAGACAUGUUUUGUACCUCCAUGAUCGAUGUAGCCAACGAGCUUGACAUCCCUUGCUACGUUUUCUUUCCAUCUACAGCUACGUUUCUCGGUUUCAUGCUUCAUCUUCCAAUCUUAGACACCCAACUCACCACUGAGUUGGCUAAGUUGGACACUGAGUUGGUCAUUCCGAGUUUUGCUAAUCCAGUUUCUCCGAGCUUGUUGCCUUCUAUAGCAUUGGAGAAAGAAGGGUACUCUUGGUUUUUGCACCACGGACGCAGGUACUUUGAAACAAUGGGUAUUAUUAUUAAUACAUUUCAUGACCUUGAGCCUUAUGCACUCAAUUCGGUCUCUACGAGUCAAGUACCACCAAUCUAUCCCAUUGGGCCUAUUCUUGACCUUGUUGGUCCGGCCCAAUGGCACCCAGACCAAGCCUACCAUGAACGAAUCAUGAAGUGGCUUGAUGACCAACCUCCAUCAACAGUGGUAUUCUUAAGCUUUGGUAGCCAAGGGUGUCUCAGUGAGUCUCAAGUGAGAGAGAUUGCAUUUGGGCUUGAACUAGCCGAGGUUCGGUUUGUCUGGGCUUUACGUGAGCCAUCUAAGGCCAAAUUUGCCCUCCCGGAUGACUAUACGAGUCUUGAGAAAGUUUUACCGAAUGGGUUUUUGGAGCGAACGACUGGGAUUGGAUUGGUGUGUGGAUGGGUCUCACAAGUGUCAAUCCUAGCUCAUAAAGCAAUUGGAGGAUUCAUAUCACAUUGUGGUUGGAACUCAAUUUUGGAAAGCUUGUGGCAUGGUAUACCAAUUGCCACAUGGCCAAUUUAUUCUGAACAACAGAUGAAUGCAUUCGAGAUGGUGAAGGAGUUGGGAUUAGCUAUUGAGAUAAGGUUAGAUUAUAGGAAGGGUAGUGAUUUGGUGUUGGCAAAGGAAGUAGAGAGAGGAAUAAAGCAAUUGAUGGACUGUGAUGAUGAGGUGAGGAGAAAAGUAAAGGAAAUGAGCAACAAGUGUAGGGUGACUAAGAUGGAAAAUGGAUCAUCAUAUGCGUCACUAGGAGUACUGAUUGAGAAACUAGUGACUUCAUAAUUCAAAUGGGCUCACUUUCUAUUUUUAUGAAAUGAAUUGCAAUAUGUUUUGUAUGUAUUCACUUUUUAAUCUUUAAUAUAGUCUUCAACUUUUUUUU